AUGCACUUCUUCACGGCUACACUCUCCAGGCAGUUUCGCCUCGUUAACCCUCUCCCGUCUCUCAAGCUCGUGUCUUCCAAGUACGUCUACCGGCACAUAUCAUCGUACUUCGUCCUCGAGCAGUUCUUGCAGCCCAAAUCACCUCGGCAGCGCCAUCUAGCGUCGUCCAUUACGCUUCGCUUCGUAGGCGCUGCGCUGACUGAGGAGUACGGCCGUGAGUGGUGUGGACUGAGCUUCAAGCACUCUAACACCCCGCCUCCCCCCACCGAAAUCCUUGACGUACGUCCUGUUUGCUGCGCUUGUCAUAGAAAGUCUGGACCUCUUCCUCCAUCGUCUCUCUCCUCCCCCCUCCACCCAUCACUCAUCGCCUACGAUCGAGUGGUGUUUCGAUCACCGCACUCUUCUGUCUCUUUCUCGAGGGGCUAUCAUAGCUAA